AUGUUUGAAACCUAUCAGACGACUCUGAUGAGAGAUCCAAAUUCCAUGCUAGCCAUCCGUUUCAGUGGACGCCAUGAUCCUGUUAUGGUUGACGGGGCUCAUUUCUUUGAUAGAGAUCCCAAGUAUUUUGAUUAUAUUCUGAAUUAUCUCAGAGAUGGAAAUAUUACAGCAGAUAUUCUGCCAAGAAAUAAAGAGGAUCUACAUAAAAUUUUGAAGGAGGCAGAUUACUAUCAGUUGCUGGGUUUGAAAGAAGAAGUCGAAAAAGUAAUUCAACAGAGUAGCAGCAAUAUAGAAGAAGCAGCCAAGAUGAGUACGUUUAGAGACCAAUCAAUAUUUAUCAGGGUUCCAAGGUGGAACCGUUGCAAAGUAUGGCUUAGUAAAUCUUGUGGGGAGGGAUCAUUAGGAUGGAAUGUUUUUCAGAGCAAUUAUAGAUGA